GUGGACAGACUUAAAUUGAUUUAUCGAAUAUACUAUUAUUAGUUUGAAUUUAAAUAUUUUAGAUUAAUGGAUUAAGACUAUUCCAUCAGAUCAUAAGACAAUUUCAUUACGCAAACAUGUUCCAAAGGAAGCAUGAUCGUCCGGUGGAAGUGUAUCAGGCGAUAGUACCGUCCAGUGUCAAUGUUGUACCAUCUAACAUAAACGAUGAUAUUAUCAGUACUCGAAAAUCGUGGAUAAGAUACUUUUAAGCUUCAAGUUUGAAUCUGGGACGGAGCAGUUGAUCGAUGGAGACCGCCGCACUCAUCGCAACGAUGGCCACCCUUUGGUAGAGUAGCCAUCAGGAGUGAUGUGACUACACCAAUCCUACAGAGUAUUCAGGGUUGAUUCAGCCAUCAGGAGUUAUGGAUCGAUUCGAGUGACCAGAUCACCCGUGCAAAAUUUCAGGGUCGGGUUCAGUCGCGGGAAGCAACGCCAACCGGAACGGGUGGGCCUUGCGUUGGACAGCUGUCGCGAAUACAUUGUUUUGUGUCGGUCUUGCUGGUUCAAAUAGAGGGAAGCGAAGCUGCAGACCUGCAUGCUCUCCGUCUCCGUUCUCGGAGACCCGGGAGGACGAAUGCAAAUGACGCGAUCUGAGGGAUUAUUGACGAACCACUCGGAGCCGGCGGUGGUGACGAGGAAUCAAUGGGAGGUGGAGUUCUCGCGCUUCUUCAAUUUACCACGGUGGGCCUCCGGCGCUCCGGCUGCCCUCCGGGCUCUCCCCAAGGGCAAGAUCCGAUCCACGGGCACAUGGAUCACCUCCUCCUCCCCGGCCCUUCUCAUCCUGCACAAGCCGACCGGCGCCUCUGCCUUCGUCCUCUCCGUCAACGUCCAGGAAUACGCUCUUGAGGAACACUUUGUUUCCAGUCUCCUCUUCUCAUGGCCGCAAGUUUCAUGUGUUUCUCAAUGCCCGGUCAGGGGGAGCAGGGUGGUCUUCAUGAGUUACAUGGAUGUCUCCAGCCAGAUUCAGAAGUUUGCUGUGCGAUUCCCAACUUGUUCUGAUGUUGAAGCAUUCCUUGCUUUUGUGAAGGAAUGUUCAAGGGGAAUGCCGGACAGUGACUUUGCACGUGAAACUUCAUCUCAAUCUGAAAUAAUUUCCUCUAAUGGACUUCAGUAUAGUUCUGGAGAACCUACAACAGCAUGUGGUUUGGAAGUACCAGCUUUAAGUUACAGCAGGGAGCAACCAGAGUUGCUGCAUUCUAGCUGCACUCAUUCCAUUUGCCCUGGCUUUCCACCUAGCUUUACAGAGCUUCUAACCAACUGUUCGAAUGGUACCCAAAAAGGCAUGUCGGAGCAAAACUGUUCUGCAAAUGGAUUCCUGAAUAAAAAUUCUCAAACAAAUCCCAUAGCUGAGCCUGAUGUUCCCUCUCCUGAUGAGGAACACCCAGUGGAUCCUCUCUUACAAGAUGCUUCCAAGCAAGUGGACUCAAUGUCAGGAGCUGAUAUUAAGAGAAAAAUUGUGGAAUACAUGUCAGAUGCUACUUUUCAUGAGAUGCUAUUCAAACUGGAGAAGGUCAUUGAUGAGUUGGGCGGCGAUUUAGCACUAUAGGUGGCUGGCUUGCUCAUUUCGUGGUGACUCUCAUCCUGUGUUUUUGAUUAGUCUUAACAACAGAAAGGUCAACUUAGGGUAAUCUCUCUCUCUCUCUCUCUCUCUCUCUCUCUCUCUCUCUUUGCUAAUAGGUAUGUUCUGUGAAGCUGUUGAAUAGAAUUUAAAAGUUUGGUGUACCAAGUCUUGUUUUGGCAUAGGAGCAACCUGAUUUUAUAGCACAAUCUGGACUUCGUUUCUUUUCUCUUCUCGAAUUUGUUUCGCGUUAAUUCCAUAUCAGCAGAAUCUGUAACCUAAUUUGACUGAGUGGGACGUAUUUCGAUCACGGGACGACGAAAUGUUUGUGUCAACGUGAAGGUCAAAGUUAGACAAAUGGCGGUAACACAAUCACUGGUAAGAGUUGAUUCUGGGUUAGUUUUGUUCGUAGCAUAAUCUAUUUUCUUCUGGCUUAUGAAUAAUGAUGGAUUGGUUUUGUUCGCAGCAGUCAUUUCCUGUUGGGUUAUGAAUGAUGACAGAAU